GGGCGUGGGGGCCUGUGGGAGGUUGCGCGGCCGGGCCCAGCUGCGGGGCGGAGGUGGAGGCGAGGCCUGCGGCUGCGGGGAGCGGCGGGGCCGGGAGCGGGCGCCGGAGCUGAGCCGAGCCGGAGCAGGCGCCGGAGGCCGGCGCUGCGAGCAGCAACCAUGUCGGUCUUGGGGAAGCUGUUCGGGGCUGGAGGGGGUAAGGGGAGCAAGGGCGGCCCGACCCCCCAGGAGGCCAUCCAGCGGCUUCGGGACACGGAGGAGAUGCUUAGCAAGAAGCAGGAGUUCCUAGAGAAGAAGAUCGAACAGGAGCUGACGGCUGCCAAGAAGCACGGCACCAAAAACAAGCGCGCGGCCCUGCAGGCUCUGAAGCGCAAGAAGAGGUAUGAGAAGCAGCUGGCGCAGAUCGAUGGCACCCUGUCCACCAUCGAGUUCCAGCGGGAGGCCCUGGAGAAUGCCAACACCAACACAGAGGUGCUCAAGAACAUGGGCUAUGCCGCCAAGGCCAUGAAGGCUGCCCACGACAACAUGGACAUUGAUAAGGUGGAUGAGUUGAUGCAGGACAUUGCUGACCAGCAGGAACUUGCAGAGGAGAUUUCCACAGCUAUUUCCAAACCUGUAGGCUUUGGGGAGGAGUUUGAUGAGGACGAACUCUUGGCAGAGUUGGAGGAACUUGAACAGGAGGAGCUAGACAAGAAUUUGCUGGAGAUCAGUGGUCCCGAAACAGUCCCACUACCAAAUGUCCCCUCUGUGGCCCUACCAUCCAAACCCGUCAAGAAGAAGGAGGAGGAAGACGACGACAUGAAGGAAUUGGAGAACUGGGCCGGAUCCAUGUAACUGGUCCAGCAUAGGCUGGGCCCAGACAGACUCUGGUGGCCUGUGCGACGGGCAGGCGUGUGUGUGCGCAGGGCAGGCAGGACGCGGUGCAGGCAGCCUCCAUCGCUCGAUCUCACCCAAAGCAGUAGGCCGCAUCACUGCUCUCUCGCAUAGCAUGGUCUGUGCCCAGGGGCGGG